UUAGUUUGACAUGCAAGUCAAAUGUCGUUUAGCUUCAUGAAGCAAAUUUCUUCAUUCUUUUAAGGUGUUCUGUUUUUUACUCAUAUUACUAAUGCUUGAUGUAUAUAUUGGGAGAAUUGGAAAGUUGGUGUGUUUUACAUGCUCUCCUGGUAUAAAACUUACCCCUCACACCGUAAGUAAAUACUACAUUUGGAUGACAGCUCAUGAUUAGAGAAGCUCCCUACAAUUUUGAAAAAUUUCAGUUUAUUUGGUAGCCUGUUACAUCAGUAUUUUGUGUGAUUAAAUGACACACACACACACACACACACACACACACACACACACACACACACAAAACCCACACACAAAAACACACCUCACCAACAAUCUCAGGGAUCACCCAAGACCACUGACAAAAAUAUGGGUUGUGGUACAAUUUCACCUACUGGCAGUGUGCAUGAAGAAGCAGGCAGUAUGGAAGAUACAAACUACAGCAUUACCUGCAGUGGGAGCAACUUUAUUGUUAAAACUAAUGUUUCAGUUUAAAUCUGGACUUCUGAUGGAUGAUGAAAAGUGAACGGACAUGAUCAAUGUCAUCUUACUUUUCAUAUUUACUGUACACUGAUUGCCUUACUCACUUAUCCGUCAUAAAGCUUCACCUGAUGUAGAUUGGCAUUGUACAGACAACAUGAUUAUGUAACUUUGCUGCAAGUCUACACUAUCACUAAAAAGAUUCUUGUGGAUGUCAUUACUGACUCUUGAUUGUUAACUGAGAGAAAAGAUACGUUUGCUCUACCUCUGCACUUUGCUCCUCCCUCUCCUGCAUCUCUCCAUCUCAAACUCUCUCUUUUUCCUGAACAAGUCACACCCAUGCUGAGCCCUCUCCUCUCUUCACCCAUCUCACACACCCCUCCCUCCUUCCUACUGAGAUAGCUUUAUCAGGCUUGUCACUCUAUCUUUUCUUUCUCUACAUCGGUCUUGACACAAGUCUGUGUGUGUGUGUGUGUCUGUGUGUGUGUGUUUGUGUGGUUGUGGUUAAGAAGUUAACCUCACCAAAAUGAGUUUACCUGUGAACUCAGAUUAUCUAUCUUUGGAGAGGAUAGCCCGCUACCGCCACGCCUGUUCCAACGGCUCACCCUUUGCUACAAACAAGCCCAUCGACAUCAAACCCCGUGGCAGGAGAGGUUUCGAUGUGGACAAUGGCACGUCAUCAGGUCGCAGCCCCCUGGACCCCAUGGCCAGCCCGGGCUCAGGCCUCAUCCUGCAGGCCAAUUUUGUCCACAGCCAACGGAGAGAGUCGUUCCUGUACCGCUCCGACAGUGACUACGACCUCUCACCCAAGUCUAUGUCCCGGAACUCCUCCAUUGCCAGUGACAUUCAUGGUGACGAUAUGAUUGUAACGCCCUUUGCACAGGUUCUUGCCAGCUUGAGAACUGUACGAAACAACUUUGGUGCAUUAACUAAUCUACAGCAAGACCGAGCAUCCAAUAAGAGAUCACCAAUGUGUAACCCACCACCCAUCACCAAGACCACCUUCACAGAGGAGGCCUACCAGAAACUGGCCACUGAGACCCUGGAGGAGCUGGACUGGUGUCUGGACCAGCUGGAGACGCUGCAGACAAGACACUCUGUCAGCGAGAUGGCCUCCAACAAGUUCAAAAGGAUGUUGAACAGGGAGUUGACUCACCUAUCGGAGAUGAGUCGCUCUGGAAACCAGGUUUCUGAGUUCAUCUCCAGCACCUUCCUGGACAAGCAACAUGAAGUGGAGAUGCCAACACCUCAGACGCAGAAGGAGAAGGAGAAGAAGAACAAGCCCAUGUCUCAGAUCAGCGGGGUGAAAAAGCUGCAACACUCCUCCAGCCUCACAAACUCUAAUAUCCCUCGCUUCGGAGUUAAGACUGAGACGGAGGAUGAACUCGCUAAGGAGCUUGAGCAUGUGAAUAAAUGGGGCCUUAACGUUUUUAAAAUCUCAGAGUUCUCUGGGAAUCGGCCACUGACAGUCAUGAUGCACACUAUAUUCCAGGAAAGAGACUUGUUAAAAACAUUUAAAAUUCCACUUGACACCUUUAUAACAUACCUGAUGACCUUAGAAGACCAUUAUCAUGGCGAUGUGGCCUACCAUAACAACAUUCAUGCUGCUGACGUCACCCAGUCAACUCAUGUGCUGCUAUCCACCCCCGCCCUCGAGGCUGUGUUCACAGACCUUGAAAUCUUAGCUGCCAUCUUUGCCAGUGCAAUUCACGACGUGGACCAUCCUGGUGUCUCCAACCAGUUCCUCAUCAACACCAAUUCAGAGCUAGCGUUGAUGUACAAUGACUCGUCAGUGUUGGAGAACCACCAUCUAGCAGUCGGUUUCAAGCUUCUACAAGAAGAGAACUGUGACAUCUUUCAAAACAUGACCAAAAAACAAAGACAAUCACUGCGAAAGAUGGUCAUUGACAUUGUGCUAGCAACAGACAUGUCGAAGCACAUGAAUCUACUGGCUGAUCUGAAAACUAUGGUGGAAACCAAGAAGGUGACCAGCUCUGGUGUCUUGCUGCUGGACAACUACUCUGACAGGAUACAGGUUCUACAGAACAUGGUGCACUGUGCAGAUCUGAGCAACCCCACCAAGCCUCUCCAGCUGUACCGGCAGUGGACGGACCGCAUCAUGGAGGAGUUCUUCAGUCAGGGUGACAGAGAACGGGAGAGGAGCAUGGAGAUCAGCCCUAUGUGUGACAAACACAACGCCUCGGUAGAAAAGAGCCAGGUUGGCUUCAUAGAUUAUAUCGUUCACCCUCUGUGGGAGACGUGGGCUGACCUGGUCCACCCGGACGCCCAGGACAUCCUGGACACGUUGGAAGACAACAGGGAGUGGUACCAAAGCACCAUCCCCCAAAGCCCAUCUCCUACCUUGGACGAGCCCGAGGACGGCACUCGACCCCCAGGAGGGGACAAGUUCCAAUUUGAGCUCACCCUGGAGGAGGACGGGGAGUCAGACACUGAGAAAGACAGUGGCAGCCAGCCGGAGGAGGAGGACGACGAGGAGGAGGAGGACGAGGACGAGGAGGAGGAGGAGGAGGAGGAAGAAGACGAGGAAAACAGCUGUACUGACUCUAAAACACUCUGUACACAGGACUCUGAAUCUACAGAGAUUCCUUUAGAUGAACAGGUGGGGGAGGACGAAGAAGAGGAGGUAGCAGAAGAGGGGGAGACACCCGGCUCACAACCGUGUGCUGUGGAGGAAGAGGUAGCAGAGGAGGAAGAGGAGAAAGAGGAAACCCCCCACACAUAGCAGUUUAUGGACAGUAUCUGAUUAACUGUUCUUCUUAGUAAUGACAGAUGAUUAUUUAUAGAAUAUUUUUUGGGGGGUUUUGUGGGGUCUGUCUGUGUUUUUUAUACAUCUAUGUUUAUGGUUCCAAAGCGUGUGCUGCUCUCCACCUUUGCCACUCCGCCUGUCAGCUUCGUUCAGACACGCCCACCGGUACUUCAAGUUUUUUUGCACUCAGGUAAACUCCUCUCCAUACCUGUUUGUACUAAAUUGGUGUGUCCUUAUUUCACUUUUACGCCUUCCCUUUUACAAACUUAAGUUUAGUACAGUCUGCUCAGUGCUGUUCACACAAUAUCAAAUUUUCCUUUCCUCCGCUUCGUCUCAGCCUUGUCCAAAAGUUUAGCGGUGUUUCUGUGUUUUAUCAAGUGCCCAUACUCCACAGAGACUGCUAACGGUGUGUUCGAGGACAAUCUCCCCCCUCGAUUAGGCCAUUUCCUUCCUUUUCCGAAUUAGGAGGCAUUUUAUGCUGCUGUCCGCUGAAAACCUGAUGGCGGAUGACGCCGCAGAGAUGAAAGCUGCAGCACACAGGGGAGCUUUUCGAGACACAUUUCUGAUGUGGAAGUCUUCCUUUAAAACCUAACUGAUACAAAGCUCAAACUAAACAGCCAUGAUGCUGUUGUAGACUUUAAUUUUUGUAUUGUACUGUAUGUAAGAUUCAGAUAUUUUCUAGAAUUUAAUUUUGCAAUCAAAGGCUUUCUUUUGUUAGCAAAGAAGAUCAGAGAACUUUCAAAAACCAAUGGGGAGAAAUAUGUAACAGGUAUUCAGUGUUUUGAAGGCAUAUCUUCAUGGCUGGAUUACAUUUGGAGUGUUCUGAUGUGUUUGCACUUGCUCCAAUAGCAUUUAUACUACUAUUCCCAUGCCACUAUACCCCUAUUUGGUUAUUCCUGUGAGUUGAAAAUUGGAAUUUAUUCAUAGUUUUUUUUUAUUAUUUUUACUGACUAGGAAGCAGGAAGUCUUAUGCUUUACUCUCACUGAAAUGGUUUAUGAUGAAGUCUUUACAUUUUAUUAUUGUUGCCUGCAGUUCUUUGGAACUCAUCCUGAGACAAUGCAAUUAUUUGUAGUUGAUACAAAAAGCACCUUUUUUAGAAGCUUGAUUAGUGCUCAGAGUAUACAGAAAUAGUAAUGGUGUUAAAAACUACUGGGGUGAUUUUAUACCAAUGUUAUGUAAGCUUUUAUUGUCCUUUUAUUUUUAUUGCCCAUUUUGUUUGAUGUCCACAUCACAAACAGCUGCAUACUUGUUUGUUUUCAGCCACUUCAUUUUCUGUUAAGAGGUAUGAAUUUUUUUCCAUCAAAAUAAUGUUUCAUUUUGCCAUCUCAACUUUGCUGUCUCAACACAGUUGCUGUCUUUGUUUUUGACAAGACAAUCGGCUCCGUUGCAUAGUCAUCAGAUAAAUCUAUCCUCUACGUAGAUAUUCUAAUGCACUGAUAUAUUCAUAUAUCACCACUACUACCACUUAAAUAUUUGUAAUAUGUUUAAACGCGCCAAAACACUCACUAAUGAAUACGUAGGUUUGAACAGUGCUGUCUUACACCUGGGCCAAGACUCUUUUUCCAUGUUUCUAUCAUUUUUCACUUUACACCUGAUGCUAUUAUUUAUUGGUAUAUUUUUCUAAUUGUUCAGUCAUUUUUGCAAUAUAAAGGUGGUACAGUAAAUAUUUAACUGUAGCAUAGACCACAGUACAGGCUUGGCAGUUACAAUACCCAAAUAUACCUUCUUUUUUUUUUCUCUGUGUACAUAAAAUAUGAAAAAUCAACAAAUGUAAAAAGAAAAAAAACACUUGAAAUACUGUACAUUGGUUUUUUAAAGGGGGCUUAUUUUAAUUUUAAUUUCGAAACUUUAUUUAAUCAUUCAUUUUGUGCCAAUAUUGUUUUUCUCUCCUUUUUCCAUCCUCACCCAAUGCCCUUACCUGUAAUAAAAUGUUCUGGUUUUAUCGCUGUUUACAAAAUUAUAUUUAUUGUGCUGUAUAUAAUAUAUAAUUAUUAAUGUUAUUACUAUCAUAAUGCCGUUUGCUGUAAAUGGUUGAUUCUUAUCAUCCCUUUUGAUGAUGGUGUGGCUGUAUUACGUACAUCUUGUUGAGAGAAUGUUUAUUACAGUGUAAGAGCUUCAGUGUAAAAAUGAUCCAUUGACAUGUUGCUUAUCUGAGAAGUAGCUCAGUGAAGAGAGGGGAAAGCCAAAUUGUUUUUUAAAAAGAAACUGUUCCUUGGCCCAUGGGCUGUGCCUUAAAUUCAACGCAUGUCAUUUACUUUAGCCUUUUUUUCUGUUUUUUUUUUCUAGUUCUCUUUUGCUGCAUUAGUGACUCUUUUGGCUUGGGUUGGCCUGAUCUCCUGUUGUGAAUUGGAAAAUGUUGCCUUUUUACUAUCACAACUAAACAUAUACUGCUCCAUCAAAAAUGUGUCUCUAUGAAGAAAAUAUGUUGUCAGUGCAGAAGCUUGCAGGGAUUCAGGUCAACCACAAGCCAUAGAUGUACUACUUGAGUGAUGUGUGGCCUAUAGCCGGAUGUCCAAGAGUCGUAUUUGCUGUAGACCUGGUCGAAACAACUUGCACCUUCCUUACGCCCUGCCACUACACUCAAAGAUGUGAUCCAACUGGUCGGAUUUAAACGAUAUGGGAGUAACUUUGCUGUGUGUGUGCAGAGUUACUGCAGUGUCGUCUACAUCCAUGUGGUUGUACCACAGCUCCAAACACUGAAUGGGGUGCAACAGGAGUGUGUAGUUGCUUCGCAACCACAGCCUACGAAGCACAGAGGCUUUGAGACACAUCUGCAUGUUCAGCCACUGCUGCAUUAAUUAUGGCUGAAACACUGACAGUGUGUUGCUUAUCUAUGCUCGGCCCACACUUCCACUCGCAUUACUCGCAAUAUUCGAAACAACUGACAUCUUUCUGCCGGACAGGAGAAGGGUUUAGUUUAUUUCUGUAGUGAAGGGCAGAUUGGGGUGGGUGGGAUAGGGGUUUGGGUGCAUCAUUGUCCCGAAACAGGGACUCUUAUUUUGACACACAUACUGUAGAUUCUAAACAGCCCUGGACCAAUGGAAACAGUGGGUUCUUUUCUCAUUCUGUGUUCUAUUUUUUAUGGUAUGAAAGGAAAACACAAACUGUAACUUAAAAAAAGGUCUUCAGGACAAUUAUUUUUUGGGUUAUGUCUUUAGAAUGCCAACUUGUCUGGACGUUUCACAGGACAAUUAAAAUGUUAUUUUAAUGGAUUCCUUGUUAAUUGCAGUCUAUUGGAUAGCACUGUAGAUCAUACAACUUUAUGUAAAAAACAAAUAAAAAAGAAUGAAAAAAAAGUUUUUAUAUGCAAUGGAUUAAAUAAAAGCAUGGGUUGAUUCUGCCUACUCAGUG